AAUAAUUUGGAAAUGGAAGGAAGAGAAGAUAAUUUGCUUGAUAAGCUCAAGGAAGAAAAAGAUUGGAACAAUUCAUGCAUUUUCACAUCUACAGGAGAAGUCAUAGUGGAUAAUGGGUGCAGCCUACUAGAAGACGAGAUCGAGUUCUAUACUAAGGCAUUUGAUGAUAGGGAUACUACGGUUGGGAACGGAUUUUUUGUCAAUGAUGUUCACUUUGAUGUUCAUAGAUUCCACCCACCACUAAUUUAUGGAAGGAGAGGUGGACCAGAAGAUGGAGAAGGUAUCGCAUUAGCAAGAGUAGUCCCAAACAACCCAAGAGGCGAUGAGGAAUAUUGGUAUCUAUUGAUCACAUAUCUAUUGCCAAUUCUUUCUGCCAAAGCAGUACCCCAGAUGGUUGACUUCUCAAACAAUAACUUAGGAGAAAAUAAAUAGGUCAGCAAUUUCAAAAUUGUC